CCGCUCACCCCGCAUCAGCCAAUCGUCUGUGCAGGCUGUUUGACGGCCCACCCACUAGAACCUAAAAACCACCACUAGAGAUAGAUAUGUGGUGGCCAUUUUGUUAUAGUUUACAUAUUGUCAUUUACUGAAUUUGACGCGUUUUCAAGGGUCGGAGCUCAAGGGUAUUCUCUAUAAUAGAGACCUGUCCUGUUCCCUCAGGUGCCGGACAGCAGAAAGGAUUAGAAACGGUAACUCAGACGCACACAGAGGCCGGUGACAGAAGGCGAUGAUGGAGAAUGGCCGGGACCCCACGUCACUGGAAUUACAUGAAGAUCCAUCUGUUCAUAUGAAGAAUGAAUUGAUCCCUUGUGAAAAAGAACUUCUUCUACAUCCUGACAUUAAGGAGGAACCAGUCUCAUGUGGCGGAGGAGACCUCACACACACUGACAUGUAUACACCCACAGAUCAUACACAGUAUACAGCUGCUCAUAUUAAGGAGGAAGCAGCCUUAUGUGAUGGAGGAGACCUCACUCACACUGACAUGUAUACACCCACAGGUCAUACACAGUGUACACCUACUCAUAUUAAGGAGGAACCAGUUUCAUGUGAUGGAGGAGACCUCACACACACUGACAUGUAUAUACCCACAAGUCAUACACAGUAUACAGCUGCUCAUAUUAAGGAGGAACCAGCCUUAUGUGAUGGAGGAGACCUCACUCACACUGACAUGUAUACACCCACAGGUCAUACACAGUAUACAGCUGCUCAUAUUAAGGAGGAACCAGCCUUAUGUGAUGGAGGAGACCUCACUCACACUGACAUGUAUACACCCACAGGUCAUACACAGUGUACACCUACUCAUAUUAAGGAUGAACCAGUCUCCUGUGAUGGAGGAGACCUCACACACACUGACAUGUAUAUACCCACAAGUCAUACACAGUAUACAUCUACUCAUAUGAAGGAGGAAUCAGCCUCAUGUGAUGGAGGAGACCUCACAGACACUGGCAAUUAUACUCCCACAGAUAAGACACAGUAUACAUCUACUCAUACUAAGAAGGAAAUAGGAUCUUCUUUCAAUGGUGAAUUAAGGUUUAUUAACCAGCCCAGUCAUGUCGGACACCAGAGGGAAAUAAACAUAGAUAUCAAUAGAGACAAAUCUUGUUCCUGCCCAGAAUGUGGAAAAUACUUUACUAGUAAAAUAUCACUUAAUAAACAUCAGAGAAGUCACACAGGACAAAAAACAUAUUCCUGCUCCGAAUGUGGGAAAUAUUUUCUCAAGAAAUCCCAUCUUGUUACUCAUCAAAUGAGUCACACAAAAGAGAGUACAUAUUCAUGCUCAGAGUGUGGGAAAUGUUUUACAUAUAAAUCACAGCUUGUUUCACAUCAGAGAAUUCACACAGGUGAAAAGCCGUUCCCAUGUUCUGAGUGUGGAAAAUGGUUUACAUAUAAAUCACAAUGUGUUGCACAUCAGAGAAGUCACACAGGGGAGAAACCAUAUGCAUGUUCUGAGUGUGGGAAAUAUUUUACAAAGAAAUCAUCUCUUGAUACACAUCAGAUAAGUCACACAGAAGAGAGUCCAUAUUCCUGCUCUGAGUGUGGGAAAUGUUUUAGAUGGAAUUCACAUCUUGUUAAACAUGUGAGAACUCACACGGGAGAGAAACCAUAUUCUUGUGCUGAUUGUGGAAAAUGUUUUACCACGAAGUCAGCCUUGGAAGGACAUCAUCGAAGUCACACAGGUGGGAGACCAUAUUCUUGCUCUCAAUGUGGGAAAUGUUUUGUCUAUCACGAAUCUCUGACCGUACAUCUGAAAAAUCACACUGGAGAGAAACCAUAUACCUGCUCUGAGUGUGGGAAGUGUUUUAACCGUAUCUCAAGUCUGGAAAACCAUGAGAGAAUUCACACUGGAGAGAAACCAUUUCCAUGUUCAGAGUGUGGGAAAUCUUUUCUGAACAAAGGACAACUUGUUUCACAUCAGAUAAGUCAUACAGGAGUAAAACCAUUUCUGUGUUCUGAGUGUGGAAAAUGUUUUAAAAGAAAACCACAGCUUGUUAAACAUCAGAGAACUCACACAGGAGAGAAACCAUUUCCAUGCUGUGAGUGUGGGAAAUAUUUUGCUCAGAAAUCAGACCUUGUUACACAUCAAAGAAUUCACACAGGAGAGAAGCCAUUUCCAUGCUCUGAGUGUGGGAAAUGUUUUGCCGAGAAAUCAUAUCUUGUUAAACACCAUAGAAUUCACACAGCUGAAAAGCCAUUUUCAUGUUCUGAGUGUGGGAAAUGUUUUACACAGAAAUCAAAGCUUGUUAAACAUCAGAUAAGUCACACAGGUAAGAAGCCAUUUCCAUGUUCUGUGUGUGGGAAAUGUUUUACACAGACAUCAGCUCUUGUUAUACAUCAGAGAAAUCACACAGGCGAGAAGCCAUUUUCAUGUUCUGAGUGUGGGAGAUGUUUUGCAAACAAAUCACAUCUUCUUACACAUCAGAGAAUCCAUACAGGUGAGAAGCCAUUUCCAUGCUCUGAGUGUGGGAAGUGUUUUAACCGUAGAUCAAAUCUGAAAAAACAUAAGAAGAUCCACACAGGUGAGAAGCCAUUUUUCUGCUCUGAGUGUGGGAAAUGUUUUACCGUUCGCUCAAGUCUGAAAACGCAUAAAAAGAUCCAUACAGAGCAGAAAUCAUCUUAACAUAUUUGUUAGCCCAAAGUCUUUUCUUUUAGGUCUCCUCUUUGAGUACUUAGACCAGGCAUUCCCAACAUUGGUCCUCAAGGCACACCAACAGUCCAGGUUUUAGUGAUAUCCAUGCUUGAGCAUAUGUGACUUAAUUAGUACCUCAGUUAUUUUGAUUAAACCAUCUGUGCUGAAGCCUGGAUAUAUCUAAAACCUGCACCAUUAAGUGUGCCUGAGGCCGAGGUUUGGAAUGCCUGCCUGACAAAUAUGAGAACCCAAAUACUUAAUGCUACCAGAUGUCUUGUAGCUGGAAAAAUCCUGCUGCUCCUUUUUCUGCAGUUUUCACUAGAAUGUGGCACUUGGCCGUUAUGCAGAAAAUCAUUGCCUCCCACCACUCCAUGUCACAAUUCCAUGUGGUUUGAGGCCCGUGGUAUAUAUACGCUAGAUCUUCCCGUACUCACCUCUCCACAUAUGGCCUGUAAGACCUUUUUUUUUUUUCACCCUUCACUUUGUUCCUUUUUCUUUCUUUGUAACUCUGUGUUUAAGGCUAAUUUUUUUUUUCUGUAAAACUUAGAAUACUACACUGUGAUUCUCUCUGGUAUUUGUUGGGAUUGGGCUUUGUAGUUGUUUGAGGAUACCAGCAAUGUUAUUUCAUCCAAGGAUGGUCAUUUGAUGGUUGAAGUGAAAGAUAUCAGCUAAACCUGGUUUGUUUUUAUUAAAAUAGACAUAUGAUAGAAUUUCUAAAUUUCUCUUAGAGAAAUGGGCAUACUGCACUAUAUGUGCCACCUGCGCUGGGAUAAAAACAAGUAUCGCCUUGCUCAUUGCCACCUAGAGUAGAGAUCCAUCAGCCCUCCACCUUUUGAGGGCAAGACCGUUGAACAUUGGUUGCUAUCUAUUGCCAUCCCUUGUCAAGACACUUAUAAGGGGAUGUCAUACUGGUCUAAAUUUUCACUGAUACACACAAAUCUACACACACAACACUGUAUAGUGCUAAUCCAACAACAAUGGAGAUUGGCCACUUGCGGUGGUGCAACGGUGUAAUCGCUGGCCUAGGUUUCUUGACAUGUCAACAGGAGUAGGAUGAAUAAUUCCCAGAAAUGAGUGGAAAUUGCAAACAGUUUGGAGAACUUGGUUUAUGAGCAAUUGAAUUAUAUCAUCUAAAGCAGUGCCAGAGUAUGGAGAAGACUGUACGUAUAGCAAAAUGUGUAUUGUUGACUCAAGCAGAGAGUUAUAGUCCUCCAUAGCCCAGAUGUAGCGCAGAUAAUGUUGGGAAAUAAAUUACUGUGGACAAAGACUGUCCUCUCUCCCUUUGGCCCUUUGCCCACUUCUCAAUAUCCUCCUCUAAUUGUUGCCAAACCACUACUCCACUUUUGUGGAAAAACAAACAAAAAACAACCAAUUAGGCGCUAAGCAAUAGAUUUAAAAGGCUCAUUGACCUAAUAUUAGCACAAGUCAGGCUGCGAUGCCUAAAGUUUCUGUGACGCCAUAAAAGAAAAGAUAUUGAAGAUAAAAAUGGUAUCGCGUUCCACUGGGAAAGAAAACUGUGUAAUAAUAACAAUAUAGAUUAUAUCCCAAGCAUGUUAAAAUAAAGAUUUUAUUAAUACAAUAAAUAUAGAUAUUGCACAUGCAAAAAUUAGAGAAUCGCUCUCAAACAACAAAUAGUUAAAUGUCCUACAGAGCCACAAUGUAUAUGCCAUGGAGUCCAGUUGUAACUUUCCACAUCUACAGUUAGUACUCCUUUUGAGUGAAUUGGUAUGUAAAAUUCACUCUGGCCAUAGGGGUUGAUCAGUCCUCCUCCGGGGUAAAAAAAAAAUGGUGAGUAACAUGUACUGCACAGUUAGCGGUUCAAGUAGGUAAUUAUCCCAACUUCCGAUGGAUGUGGUAUGAUAAAUGGUCUUACCCGGCUUCGUCCUACGGUGCUAUAUUGAACAACCCGGUUCAUCCGAUCUUCAUUCUGGGAAUACGGCCUUUGUCUUAUAAUGUGAGUGGUAUUGCAAUGCUCUCACUCACUUCUUGUUAGAAUGAUGUUAUCUCUAUUAUAUCAAACUUAUUAGUCUCACUCAGCAAUGCUGCUCAGAUCCAUCGUCCUCAGCGUCCACAUUGCACUGUCCAGCCACGUCCUCCAGUAAACCCCUUCUGUGAUCCACUGUGCCUAACACAUUAGAUAUGGGUAUUUUUUUAAUUACCAUAUUUCUCCUACCUCCAGCACCUAUCAUGCCACUCAUCCGCUUCAUGUUCAUGUGCUGCAGCUCUGCUACAGGCCUCUUCACCACUUUUUACCACCAUCAGUUCAAAACUAAGUGAAGCUGCUAUAGCCUAUUGGUGGCAUCUCUGAUUUUCACACUACUACCUGACCCACCUACCCAUCCACCACAACCUGUCCAGCUCAAGAUAAGUCCAAGCCACCAAAAACACCACCAGAACUUCAGUACAACACUUAUAUUUUUAAGCAAUACUAGUGUCUCUACAGGCCUCUGAGCUGUUCCCCAAGCAGUGAGAUGCUGAGACCCCCUUUAUCAGCCUCUUACAGGUGGUCUGGCAAUCAAGGCUCCUAAUGGGCUUCUGUCUACCAGACAGAAGCAGAGAAGCCUGGGGCAUAUAUCUCUCCCCUCGACAACCUUUUUCUUAGUGUUUUUGGCAAAUCUGUUUAACCUGGAUUGUGAACUUCUUCCAUGGUGCUACUUUUUCCUCAGUCUUACAUCUUAGUUUGCUUACAGUACACUAGGGGGUAAAUUUACUAAGAUGGGAGUUCUAUUGAAGAUACCAAUCAGAUUCUACUACUCAUUUAUCUAGCACCUUCUAGAAGAUAAUACCUGGAAUCUGAUUAGUUGCUAUGGGCAACAUCCCAUCUCAAAUAGAACUCCCAUCUUAGUAAAUUUACCCCUAGGUACUAGGGUUAGUGUUUUGUAACAUUGCAGAGUCCCUGGAGCACUAAAUGGGGCUCGAUUUGAGGUUAGGCGUAUAGGGACACAUCUGUAUGUUUUCGCUAUGAUUGGAACGGAUUGCUCAUACAGUAAGUUACCAUUAUUGAAUUCUCCUUCUAUUAGUUAAUGUCAUCACUCUCCACAGCAAUAGCAGAUUAGCACAUUGCUUUAUAUAGCAUAUUUACUAAUCUAUAAGCCAGACAAUGGUCUGGAGAUGUGAUGUGAGAUCUUGGAAACUAUGACAUCAUGUUUGGUCAUGCUCUUACAGAAAAUAUGAUUAAUAUAAUUAGCUGUGUAAUCUGUUCCUGGUUUCAUUUUCUAUUUAUAUACACUCACCUAUCAGCAAUAACAUAACCACCAGGCUAAUAUUGGGGCUAAUUCAGACCUAAUCGCUGCUACGCAGUUUCACACAGCGGGCGAUCAGACCCAAAUUGCGCAUGCAUGCGUACGCACCACAAUGCGCAGGCGUGUCGCAUGGCUACAAAACGGAUCACCGCUCAGCAAUAAGUUUGUGCGAAGGAUUGUGAAAGGAGAUUGACAGGAAGAAGGCAUUUGUGGGUGGCAACUCACCAAUUUCAGGGAGUGUUUGGAAAAACACAGGCGUGUCCAAGUAUUUGCAGGGCGGGUGUAUGAUGUCAAUUCCGGUAUCGGACAGACUGAUGUGAUCGCAGCGGCUGAGUAAGUCCUGGGCUGCGCAGAGACUGCACAAGAUCUGUUUGUACAGCUCUGUUACACAUGCGUGCGCACACUUGCACAGCCAAAAUACACUCCCCUAUGGGCAGCGACUAUCUGAUCGCAGGGCUGCAAAAUUUGCUUCCUAGCGAUCAGGUCUGAAUUACCCCCAUUGUGUAGGUCCUCCAUCAAAACAGCUCUGACCCAAUGAGGCAAGGAGUCCACAAGAUGACCUCUGAAGUUAUCCUGUGGUAUCAGGCACCAAGACGUUGCAAGCAAAUCCUUUAAGUCCUGUGUAAAUUGUGAGGUGCAACCUCCAUGGCACAGACUUGCUUUUCAAGCACAUCCCACAGAUGCUCAAACACAUUGAGAUCUGGGGAAUUUGGAGGCCAAGUCAGCACCUUGAAUUCUUUGUCAUGUUCCUCAAGCCAUUCCUGAAGAAGUUUUGCAGUGUGGCAAGGUGCCAUAUCCUACUGAAAAAAGUCACUGCCUUCAGGGAAUACCUUUUCCAUGAAAUUGUGUAAUUGGUAUGCAACAAUGUAUUGGUAGGUGGCAUGUAUCAAAGUAAUAUCCACAUGAAUGCCAAGACCCAAGAUUUCCCAGCAGAACAUUGCAUAGAGCAUCACACUGCUAGACCACCUUCCAUUGCUCCAUGAUCCAGAUCCAACCCUCGUGCACGGUGGUGGAUGGGUCAGCAUGGGCACUCUUACUGGUCUGCGGCUACGCAACUCCAUAUUCGGCAGCAUUAACUUUCUCAGUAAUUUGUUCUACAGUAGCUCUUCUGUGGGCUUAUCAAUGAGCCUUGAGUGUCAAGACCCUAUUGCUGUUCCACUGAUUGUCCUUCUUUGGACCACUAUUAGUAGAAACUAACCACUGCAUGCCAGGAACACCCCACAAGAUGUCUAGCCAUAAUUUGUCUCGUCAGUUGGACUGUUUCAUGAUCAGGCUCCUUCAGGGAAGCCUUAUAGUAGAUAGAACAACAAAUAAAUCAUAGCAAGAAGUGUUUAUAACUAUGAUAGCGUCCUUUGAGAGAUGUGAACGGGACCUUACAGUUGGGAAUCUCAACUAUCAUAUAAUUCCCUUAGUAUAUUUAGCAUUUACAACUUUAUUACUUGUUCUUUGAAUUAUUAGAUUCCUUUACUUGUUCAUUACUUCCUAGAUCAUUCAGUACGGUAUGCCAAAUACAGUAAUAGCUUCCCAACAGUGAGGCUCCAGUGUGUUUAGAAUUGUUACAAUGUAUAUAUUUUUUAUCUGCUGCACAGUAA